AAAUAUUUCUAUUUUUUCUUUCAGUUUAAUUAAAAACCAACAUUAAUUUGCAGCACAAUAAAACUAAACCAUGAUGUGACAAUAUUUCUCUUUUCGUCGCCUCUCGAACUAAUGACAAUAUUAUCUUUUUGUGAUAUUAAUUGAAUUAAAAUUAAAAAAAAUAAUUAAAAAAUUAACUAGAAAAUUAUUCAACUAUAAACUGCACAAUUUCUAUAAAAAAAACACAACGAUAACAACUAAAACUUCUAAUAAACAGAUCUUAUCUGAAAUGGACUUCGAUCACAUUUUAGCAAAAUGUGGCGAUUUUAAUCGUUAUCAACUCUUAAUUUUGGCUCUUUUUGGAGUCGUCAAUGUCAUUGUAUCAAUGCAUUAUUUUACUCAAACUGUGAUAAGUUUUGUGCCCGAUCACUGGUGCUAUCAUGAGAAAUUAGAAAAUAAAACUUACGAUGAGAUAGCUGCCAUCUAUGCGAGAGUACCGAAUCCUUCAUGCACUAAACUGGACGAUAUAAAUGGUUUGAAUAUAACGAUCAGUAAAGAGAAAUGCACUAGAUGGAUUUAUAAAUAUGAUUUCGGUUAUCGAAGUAUGAAUACAGAGUUAAACUGGGUUUGUGAGUCUUCGUAUAAGGCUCGCAUAGGUCAAUCUUUGUUCUUUAUUGGAUCUGUGGUGGGAACUUUAUUUUAUGGUUUACUUUCGGAUAAAAUUGGUCGUUUGCCUGCUUUGAUUUUAUCUAAUUUGUCGGGUUUUGUGGGCGAUUUUUCAACUAUAUUCACCACUAGUGUAACUUCGUUUACUUUGUGUCGUUUUAUUUCGGGUUUGGCAGCAGAUACAAAUUUUUAUCUCAUGUAUAUAAUAGUUCUCGAAUAUUUACGUCCAUCCAUGCGUACUUUUGGUCUUAACUUGGCCGUUGGUAUUUUCUAUACAAUAGGUCUGGUAUUUACUCCCUGGCUAGCGGUUUUGGCUGGUCAUUGGCAAUACUAUUUGGCCUGUACCUCCAUACCCAUACUUUUUAUAGCUCUUUACUAUUUUAUCGUGCAAGAAAGUGCACAAUGGCUGGUGACACGUAAUGAUAUAGAUGGUGCCAUAAAGAGGCUAAAACGAGUGGCUAAAUUUAAUGGACGUAAAGUUAGUCUAACAGAAUUUGAAGAAUUUCGUAAAUACUGUGAAAAGCAGAGACAAAAACAGGGUGGGGAUGAUCAAAAACAUUCGAAUUUGAUCGAUAUGUUUAGAACACCUCGAAUGCGCAAACAUACCUUAAUAUUAUUCUUUAAAUCCAUGGUGAUUACUCUUUGUUAUGAUGUGGUCUCGCGUAAUGUCGAAGGCAUGGGUAUUUCACCAUUUAUUAUGUUCUCCCUAAGUGCUUUGGUGGUUUUACCCUCUUCCCUACUAUUGGUUUUACUACAAGAUCGCAUAGGCCGCAAGGGCAUGGCCUCGGGUUCUCUACUAGUGGGUGGCUUUUUUACUGUUGCCGCUGGCAUUGCCAUAGCUUAUCAACAAGAAAAUCAUAAUGCCAUUUUAUUGGCCUGUCUCACUAUUGCUGCACGUUUUGGUGUGGCCAUUUCUUAUGAAUCGGGUUCCCAAUAUGCCACUGAAUUAAUACCAACUUGUGUUCGUGGUCAGGGAGUGGCUGCCGUUCAUGUGGCUGGUUUUGCAGCCUCUUUCUUGGCUCCUUAUAUUUUGUGGUUGGGUACAUUCUUUAAGGCUGCUCCCUCGAUUAUUUUGGGUGUUCUAUUCUUCACCGGCUCUUUGGUUUGUUUGCUGUUGCCAGAGACUUUGAACAAGUAA